AUGCAUUCUACAUCUCUUAAAUGGCUAAGCCUUGUAGCCGUUAUAUGGCUCCAAGCGAUAAAUGGAACAAACACAAAUUUCCCUGCUUACUCUUCCCAACUUAAACAACUUCUUUCUAUUUCACAAAUUCAACUCAACAACCUUGCUUUCGCCUCCGAUGCCGGGAAACUUUUCGGUUGGUUUUCCGGCAUCGCUGCUAUUUACCUCCCUCUCUGGCUUGUCCUUAUCAUCGGUUUGACUCUCGGAGUAAUCGGUUACGGUGUCCAAUAUCUUUUCGUAAUCAACCAAAUUUAUUCUCUAUCUUAUUGGCAUGUGUUCUUAUUAACUUUUCUAGCUGGAAAUGGCAUUUGUUGGGUUAACACUGUUUGUUAUGUUGUUGCCAUAAGAAACUUCUUAUCUAAUAGCCAAGUUGCUGUGGGAUUAAUAACUAGUUAUCAAGGAUUAAGUGCAAAGAUUUAUACAAAUAUUGUUGAUGUUGUUUCUCCACAUAAUAAGGCUAAGACUUUUCUAAUCAUGAACUCUCUAGUACCCAUGGUUAUUGGUUUAGUAGUAGCUCCUAUAGUAAGAGAAAUUGAAGUGGAAAAUCCUAAGCAUUCUAAUGUUGGAUUUGCUUUGAUGUUUGUUAUUACAAUUGCAACUGGAAUUUAUGCUAUGAUGAGUAGUUUGCAAUUUUUCACAAACAAAAUAUCAUCACUUGGUAUACUUAUUGGUAUUAUAGUGUCACUUUUGUUUCCUCUAUUACUUCCAAUUUUUAUGAAGAUUAAAGAACUAGUGAAACCAUGGAAUGCAAAUAAAGAAAGCGUGAGAGUCUACCAUGUUACUAUUAUUGAUGAGGAAAAUAUUGAAGACAAUGAGGACAAAGAAAGUGAAGAUUGUAGUGAAGUUGAAGAUGUUUGUGUAAUGGAAGAAAUUGGAGUGAAGUUAAUGUUGAGAAGAAUGAAUUUUUGGUUAUAUUUCUUGGUAUAUUUUUUGGGUGCAACAAUUGGUUUAGUGUUUCUUAACAACUUGGGGCAAAUAGCUGAAUCCAGAGGUUGUUCUGCUACUUCAUAUUUGGUGUCUUUAUCUUCUUCUUUUGGGUUUUUUGGCCGUCUCAUUCCAUCUCUAUUGGACUACUUUUACAGAAUUUCAAGACCUGCUUCAUUGGUAGCAUUAAUGGCACCAAUAUCAUGUGCAUUUUUCUUACUUAUUAACAAAACUGAUAAUGCUCUUUACAUAAGCACUGCUGUGAUUGGAGUGUGUACUGGAGCAAUCACUUCCAUUGCUGUUUCCAUAACAACUGAUUUAUUUGGCACAAAGAAUUUCUCUGUUAACCAUAAUGUGGUUGUAGCCAAUAUUCCAAUAGGGUCAUUUUUAUUUGGUUACUCAGCUGCACUUAUUUACCAUAAGGAAGGACAUGGAAAUGGAAAAUGCAUGGGCAUGAGCUGUUACAACAUCACUUUCAUCAUUUGGGGUUCUCUUUGUUUCCUUGGAACUUUAUUGGCUUUGAUUUUGCAUACAAGGACUAGCAAAUUUUACUCACAUAAGCAAUAGACUAUUAUAGUCCUAAGGGUUCUUAUUGAGAUUAAUACCACUAUUAAUCUUCUUAUCAAGACCAAGGUGACAUUUCCAUUCUCAAUUAUGAGUGCUCUUAUUUGGUGUGUCAAGAUCAAAUUCUUUGUGGUGCUCUUUCUUGUUCAUGUUAUAUAUGGUGAACCAUACACUAUCAUGUAAUUUGCAUCUAAUAUGAUGGAUGCAUUCACCAAGGUUCCUUGCAUCUAAAAAAUGCUUCAAGAGCACUAAUGAAGGCCCAGCAGGUUGGUGUUAGAGUGAAGUUUUUUUUUUUUUUUUAGACAGUAAGAAUUUGGAGUAAAGUUGAUGCUGUAACUUGUGAAUAAUAACUAGGUAUCUCUAGAUUUUAUUUCUGACUGUUU